UCGCGUCGGCAUGCACGUCCUGACUCGCGCGACGCCCCAUCCCGUCGCGAUGUCCUCCGGGUGCGAGACGCCAUCGCACAGGGUCUUCGUGUACGGAACGUUGAAGCGCGGGUUCUACAACCACCGGCUGCUCCGGGAGAUGGACGCCAAAUUCCUGGGCGAGGCGCUUACGCGGAAGCCUUGGCGGAUGGUGCUGGGCGAGUACGGCAUACCUUACCUGAUGCGGGGUGAGGCGGACGGAAGCGCGGUCGUGCCGGGUGAGUUGUGGGAGGUGGACGACGAGGGGUUGGACGCGCUGGAUGUCCUGGAGGGGAUCGACGAGGGGAUGUACGAAAGGGUCACCCUGGACGUCGCGACGAGGGAAGGGGCGGAUGGGGCGGUAGAUGGUGGCUUCGCGACGACAGCGCAGGCGUUCGUGUGCGGACCGGAGUCCGAGCGGCGCGGCAUCGGAACGACGUGGAGUGAGGAGAUCGCGGCGUACGACCUGAAGACGCACGAGGCGUCGUACGUGCCCAAGCACGAGCGCGCGGCGGGUUCGUUGGGCACCGAGUCCCUCGGGCGUCGACGGAGCUAAGUGUCAACACGACGAACCCGUCCACGUCGAAGAGCUAUCUACUAGAGCUAGGCUGGUCGAAGGUGAAGUCGUCGUCCCCU